GAAUUUUAUUCUUAUUUAUGAUAAUUUGCCAUUUUGACAUUCUCACUACAGAAACACAAACUUGAGAGACCGACAAACUUGUAGUUGAGUGUUUCCUUUUCCCAGUUUACGUCUUCGUUCGGUGUAAUAGUCAAACAUGGUUGAAAAGAAGAAAGCUGAUCCCGCAAAGAAGGGAAAGAAGACAGCUCCUAAGAAGGAGCCCAAGGAUAAAACUAAGAAUGUUAUGCGGGAUGUGAGAAUUCGUAAACUGUGUCUGAACAUCUGUGUUGGUGAAUCUGGUGAUAGGCUUACCAGGGCCGCCAAGGUGCUGGAACAGCUUACUGGUCAGCAGCCUGUGUUCUCGAAAGCUCGCUACACUGUGCGUUCUUUCGGUAUCAGGCGUAACGAAAAGAUCGCUGUCCACUGCACUGUCAGGGGCGCCAAGGCUGAGGAAAUCCUUGAACGAGGCCUCAAGGUCAGAGAAUAUGAGUUGAGAAGAGACAACUUCUCGUGCACCGGUAACUUUGGAUUCGGUAUCCAAGAACACAUUGACUUGGGAAUCAAGUACGAUCCCAGCAUCGGUAUCUACGGUCUUGACUUCUACGUUGUUCUCGGUCGUCCCGGUUUCAAUGUUGCCCACAGGCGCAGGAAGACAGGGCAGGUUGGAUUCCAGCACAGGUUAACCAAGGAAGACGCUAUGAAAUGGUUUCAACAGAAGUACGACGGAAUAAUUCUUCCUGGAAAGAAGUAACUGUCUUUUUGUUGUAAUUAAAAGCCUGUUUCUAUAAAUCUAA